CAAACUUUACACAUUUAAUUGAGUGUGCAGGUUUCAUGCCGGAUACGGAUGUGACGUAUACACCAUCGUGACGAAAACAGGUAAGGACGACGACAAAUAAAACCAGGUGGUUGGUGACAAGAAGUGGGUCAUCGACGAACACGGGAAGACACUUUGACAAGGUUAUUGACCAAGACUAAGUUGGAAGUGAAAGAGAAAGAAUGACCAUCCUCCGUAGCGUACCAGACGCCACCGAGAAGUGAGUACGUCUGAAAACAAUGUCACUCUCAAGUAGGUAUGCCAUGUCGACGUUACUGAUAAUGCUAACUUAUUUGCAUCUGAUGUUCUCCUCUCCGAUCUGUUCUACUAAUGGGUAUUAUAACCGAGAUAAAAUACAGGAUCAAUCGAAGUUAUAUCUUUUGGGCCCUCAAUACUGUCCAGAAACGGGACGUACCGUCUGCACUAACGUGGCUUAUUACCCAGAGGAUCGAAUUCUUUUGAUUCUAAGCAAAACGAAGGCUCAAGGGUUUAAUUUGAGCAGCUUAUUCUUUGACGAAAGGGAAGGAGAUGCUUAUCCAAAUUUAUCACAGUUGCCAAAUAUGCCUUACGAUCAACCCACUUCGGUUCAUCACGAUUUUAUCGUUCCACAAUAUUCUCAUUCCACUUGGAGUAAGAAGUCCCAUAGCGUAGGGAAGAGGAGUGAAAAUUCAGAACCAGCGUGUGCUACCAGAUCCGAAUUUGUCUUUCCUAGAGCAGCUCUAAACGAUAAGUCUCAAUGGAAGUAUGUGAUUAAUCUUCCGAAUCGAAAUCCUAAUUAUAAACAGAUCGUUCGAAUAGAACUUUGUGCGUAUCCUGGAAGUUCUUGUUCUUCACAACUUUCAUUUCCGUUUGGAUACGAAAGCCGGUGCGUUCAAAAACACAUUAAAAAGAAGCUUCUAUCAUUAGAUUCUACUGGUGAGACUAUCUCAGAAGAUCCUUUCUUCGUUCCUUCUUGCUGUGUCUGUCAAUUGGUGCGCAAUUUCAAGAGAUAAAGUGAACUUUCCGAACUUACUCAACGAAUUACAGGAGGACUUGAAAAGAACACGGUUUAUAUUUUUAAUCUAGUGAAAUAUUACCUAGAAUUUUUUUAGGUAGAAGAAGGAAAGCUGUCAAAAAUAUUAAUAUAAAAACUGUUUAUGACAAGCUGUUCAAUGAACAGCUUUUUUACUUUCAUUUAACAGAGAGGAUUAGAACUGAACAAAUGAUUGGCAUUUAUUUACUUUAUUAUUUAAUUAAGAACAUUGAUUUAUUUACAUUUAUUUACUUUAGAAUAUUAUAAUAUUCAAUUUAUUUUAUAUAAAAUCACUAUUUACUUGAAGUACCGCAGGAAGAUUCCAAUCUAGAAAAAAAUCCAUACAGUUAGAUAGGGGUUUUUCAUAAAUUUUUGCCAAAAUUACAGAAAAUAUUCUGAAAAAUUGUGUAUUAUUAAUAAUAAAAACAAAACACGUGGGAAUUAUUAUGAAAUAUUUAUUAUAUAACCUGAUAUAACGAUUUUUUUCUUGAAAAAUUUCGAUAAUUCUGAACGCGAUAAUCGGAUAUCAUGGACAUAAUGUAUGUGAACUUUGACUGUGAUGUUUUCUAAAUAUCACUUCUACAUGUAAAUAUUAUAUUGAUA